AUGGUCAAGAUCCCAGCAUGCUCAAAGACGAUGAGACAAAACAUUGACAAGCUUCCCAGGACAUAUCUCGACAACCUCUUGAGUAAGCCCGGUCCGGCAUCCGAUCCGGACUGGGUUCCCGGUCCAGAGACAAUCAGCGCUCUAGAGUCGUCAAAGGUCUUAGGGGCUGGAGGACUAGGAUGCGAGAUCCUUAAGAAUCUAGCCCUCUCCGGGUUCAAAGAUAUCCAUGUCAUCGAUAUGGACACCAUCGACGUUUCCAAUCUGAAUCGUCAGUUCUUAUUCCGAGAAGCUGAUGUCGGCAAGUCAAAGGCCGAAGUGGCUGCGGCGUUCGUUGAGAAGAGAGUCAAAGGCGUCAAAAUCACUCCAUACAAUGGCAAAAUUCAAGACAAGGACGAGGAUUACUACAUGCAGUUCAAAAUGGUCAUUUGCGGUCUUGAUAGUAUCGAGGCAAGACGAUGGAUCAAUGCCACUUUGGUAGAUAUGGUCGACAUGGAGGAUCCUGAGAGCUUGAAACCACUCAUCGAUGGAGGAACCGAAGGAUUCAAGGGCCAAGCCAGAGUCAUUCUGCCCACCAUGAACUCGUGCAUCGAAUGCCAAUUGGACAUGCACGCUCCUCGCGCCGCUGUACCACUAUGUACGCUAGCGACAAUACCGCGGCAACCAUCACACUGCAUAGAGUGGGCGCACAUCAUUGCCUGGGAGGAGCAUCGCAAAGACGAAGUGCUCGACACUGACGACCCAGAACACAUCACUUGGCUCUACCAAAAGGCUUUGGCCCGUGCCCAAGACUUCAACAUCCCAGGGGUUACCUAUUCGUUGACCCAAGGCGUCGUCAAAAACAUCAUACCAGCCAUCGCAUCCACGAAUGCCAUUAUUGCCGCUGCUUGCUGUAACGAAGCGUUCAAGAUCGCAACGAGCUGCAACCCCUUCCUCCAAAACUACAUGAUGUACAGUGGAGACGAAGGUGUCUACACAUACACGUUCGACACCGAGCGGAAAGAGGACUGUCCUGUAUGCGGGAACCUGGCUAGAAACCUGACGGUCAAUCCCAAUAUGACUUUGCAAGACUUGAUCGACAGUUUGGGCGAGCGAGCAGAAGCGCAACUCAAGAAACCUACCUUAAGAAGCGAGGAAAGGUCUCUCUAUUCUCAGUUUCCGCAAUCGCUCAGAGAGCAGACGGCACCAAAUCUCUCGAAGAAGCUUUCGGAAUUGGUAGUUGACGGAGAAGAGAUUGGCGUUUCCGACCCGGCAUUCACCAUCGCCUUUAAGUACAAGCUUAUCUUCGUCUCUUGA